UAGGGGGAAAUCGUGUGGGGUAAAUGGCGUCGUUGUUGUCCUCAUCCUAGGAUCAAGUCGCCGUUGCUUUUUCGUCUUAUGAGGCCUUGUUUGGGGUCGCUCUGAAAUAACUGUGACACGUUUUAUUUUUCUACGUCAAAAGAAAGAAAUAACAUUAAGGAGAAAGGGGAGGCGCGAAAGCGGAAGUGGGCAGGCCGUAACCCGGAGGCAGACGGCUCAAGCCGGUCGAUGCACGGCGGGUUUUAUUGCUGCGUCAUCCGCGCUUCAACAAUUAACAUUCUUGCCUUUAAUUGAGAGCAAUGGAGAGUAAAGUAUCUUCAGAACAGAUUCUACUCGAGCCUUAUCAUUAUCUGCUUCAGUUACCAGCCAUGUUGGAGAUGAACUGUUAUGCACCUUCUGGUUGGUGUAGGCCUGGGGUCGGCAACCUGCGGCUCCCGAGCCAUUUGUGGCUCUUUCACCUCUGUGCUGCGGCUCCCUGUGGCUUUGGGAAAUAAUUGGAAAGCACGUGAGAACCAAACUUUCACAAGCCUUUAACCAUUGGUUGAAUGUCCCUGAAGAAAAAUUGCAGGUUAUUAUCGAAAUUACAGAAAUGUUGCACAGUGCCAGCUUACUGAUUGAUGAUAUUGAGGACAAUUCCAAGUUGCGCCGUGGCUUUCCUGUGGCACACAGCAUCUACGGAAUUCCCUCUGUCAUAAACUCUGCCAACUAUGUCUACUUCCUGAGUCUGGAGAAGGUGCUGACCCUUGGCCAUCCAGAAGCGAUUAAACUCUUCACCCAGCAGCUCCUGGAGCUGCAUCGUGGGCAGGGCCUGGAUAUCUACUGGAGAGACACAUACACCUGCCCCACCCUUGAAGAUUACAAGGCUAUGGUGCUGCGGAAGACUGGAGGGCUCUUUGGCUUGGCUGUUGGCCUCAUGCAAUUGUUCUCUGAAAAGACAUUGGAUUUAAAGCCGCUUCUCGACACAUUAGGGCUUCUAUUCCAAAUUCGUGAUGAUUAUGCAAACCUGUUUGACAAGGAUUACAUCAACAACAAGGGCUUUGGUGAAGAUUUAACGGAGGGCAAGUUCUCCUUCCCUCUUAUUCAUGCCAUCUGGUCACAUCCAGAAAGUACUCAAGUCCAGAAUAUUUUGCGCCAAAGAACGGAAAAUAUAGAUGUAAAGAAAUAUUGUGUAAACUAUCUAGAAAAGGUGGGUUCUUCUGAGUACACCAAGCAAACUCUCAAAGAGUUGGAAGCUGAAGCUUAUAGAAUCAUUAGUAAGCUUGGUGGUAACCCACAAUUAACAGCGUUAGUUGAACAACUUUGCCAACUGUUUAAGGAGACAUAAAAGGAACUUUCCUUUUCCACUUAAUUACUUUAGCUCCUUCAUUUUUAGACGUAUACACACUCCUGCAGAUCUUUUGUUCAUAAGCUCCCUCUUGUGCUCAUCUGAAUAUGCUCUGCACUUUUUCGUCCAUUUUCUCCCCCUCAAAGGAUUUAACCAUGAAGUUGAGUUUAGGUUAUAAAAAUGUUAGGCUAUCCUGUAACAAAAUUAAUGUUUUGGUAUGAUUGGGUUCCAGUGCGUUGCCAGGAUUUUAUUCAGGACCGUAAGUAUGGUUGAUUUUCUGCAGACACUAGAUGCCAUAAUACUAAAUAAAUACUUUGUGCCUGACUCUUAUUUCACCCAUUGGACACCCUUGUUGUCCAACCUGUAGCAGCAACUGGAGGAGGCAUUUCUGCCAGUGAUCCCAGGUUUACCUGCAAGGAUUUAUUCCUGUGCUUGCCAUUGUGUGGGGGGAAAAAAAGUUGCAAGGCAAUUGAACAAAACACUGGGAUCUCACAUGAAAUCUUUUGUGAAGUAAAGGUGCCAAGAUGACAAUCACUGAUUUUUCACACACAAUUGCGAGCUUGUAGAUUGGUUUCUUAUUACACUCAGACUGCAGGUGGAACUUUAAAGAAGAAUGAGGUCUUGCCUUGUUUCCAGAUUGAUAGUUGUAGUAACUUUGCUCACCUUAUGUACCCUGGGAAAGGUAUUCACGUGCAGCUCAACCCAAACAUGCAAAUGUCCUCCCAGAGAUUAUGCAUCAAGCUGCCAACAUCGGCAGGCCAUAUCUGCACAGCAUUUUAUUUUCUUGGAUGUUUUGAGUCUAAAUGCUUAAUUGUUUUUUUAAUAAUUGUGCAUAUCAAAGUAUGUAUAUAUUAUUCACUCUUGAGAAUCAUCUCCUGACAGGCAGCCACAAAACAAAGAAACCCAAAAGAACCCUGUUUUUAAAAAAAAUGGUCAAAUUCCCAACGUGCGGGGGGGGGGGAGAAAGAACAAAUCGUGCAAACAAUUAAAGUAAGCAAAUAGCAUUCAGUAUGAAAGUGAGUCUGCCUCACCUCUGCCUUGGUUCGGCACAGAGCCAAGUAAACAUUGCUGUGCCCACAGACAUGAAGCCCAGAACAGGCCUCCAGUCUCAGUUCAGUGCAGAGCCAAGUAAAUGUCAUGGAGCAGGAAGCAGAACUAACCUGGCCCUCGCCUCUGGUCCCAGUACCCUACCUUUUCAAUCUCUGGCCCAGCUUUUAAUUCGUCCAAGUAUGGGGUUGUUCCAUGCUCCUGGACCCGAGCCUUGUUGCUUUAAUAGACUCUGGGCCUGGACCCUGCCACUGCAUUUUAUCCUGUCCCUGACCUUUCCAAGUCAACCUGGCACUUGGAUCGAUCAAACCUUUGUUUUAAGUGCACCUGUCCUUGAUUCAGCCUUGCUUCACAUAGCCCCAACUUUGCCUUGUCUCUGUUCGCCUUGAAUCUGCCUCAACUUCACCUCACACCCAGUUGCUUCAACCCUCGACUCAGCCUUGCCUUCACUCGUUGUUUGCAGUGAUUAUUUACCAUAAAUUUUACCAGAAGCUAUUUUGUUAAUAAAGUAUUUAGUUGUAUUCUUUGGUUUGUCUGCUGUCAAUAAGUAGUCACUGGGCUUCACCAGCACCACCUUGAGCUGGAAGCCAGAUAGAUCAAUCCCACAAAAGAUGGACGAUUAGGCCUGGUUUUUAACAUUUCCUUGUCAAUUGUUUGUGAACUUUGUGCAGAGAAUGAGGCCUGACUGCCUGCUUCCAGGAUUGGACAAGGGUUGUUUUUCUUUCCUAAAGUGCAAGGGGAUCUGGUUUUUGAUCAGGGUGUCUUUUAAAUCUGGUUUUUGAAUAAAUAGGAUACCAUACAUCCUAUGUAUUUGUUACUGGAAUGAAUCUUUGGCCUAAGAUCAAGAAAUUUAGGGAUCUUUUCAUAGUAAAAAGUAAUUUUGUAAACAGUUGUAAUAAUAGUGGUGUUCUGGUUGAAAUUUUUUAAUCCAUCAUUCAAAAGGGAAUCUCAAUUAUGUUUAUCUCGUAUGAAGCAGAACUCUCAGUCAGGACAGGGAAAGUUUAAAAUUGUUGAAUUCUGAGAGAGCUCAUCAGUCGUUUUCUGUGGACAAUUUUCCCCAGAUGCAGUGACAAAAUUGGAACAUGAUCUUCUUUACUUGA